CAGAGGUAGGAUCUGCUGAAUGUUUAAUUUUUUUCCAAGAACAACAAAUCAUUUUCAUUCUUGUAUUUCUUACAUCAAACUUCUCUGGUUUCUUCCAGUCUUUUCUUCUGGUUAACAGCCCCAUAAAAAAGCUAAUGAAGUAAAAUAUAUUCAUAGAGAUGCUCUAACAUAUUUUAUGCCAGUACAGUUUCUCACUUUAAGGAGCGUUUUUUUGGGAAAAAAGAAAAUCAUUUGAGGGAAGAGUACAAAUGAUAUUUUUUUGUUUACAAUAAGACAUAACUCGUGAACCCACAUGGGUUGAACACUUGUGGCACAUCUUAAAUCAUAAAUAAUUCUCACAUUCUGAUCCAAACACCAUUUCAUGUUUGUUCGUUUUGGACUGUUCUCAUCUCUACUUGCUCAGAGGCUGAUUGGAGCGGAGGUCAGGAGUCAACAAAUCGCAACAAUGUCCCAGAGGUUGUUGGUACGCUUUCUACCAGCUCUGCACCAACAAUGUCAUGGAUGUGGUAUUUCAUGUGGAAUUUCACUUGGGAAGUAGUCCGCCGCUCCUCUAUGUCUGCCUUUAAGACUUCACUAUAUUUAGACUUCUUCACCAUUCCAAGCACCGCUUUACGACCUUUUAUGAAGUACUUAGUGAAUUUUCCAGAGUUGGGAAUAGAAAGCCACCAGCUGCCGGCAUCCCUCACAGUCAGGACGCCGGACUUCACCAGCAGCGUUAUCUCAGAGUCAGUGAAGAGAAACUCCCUCAGCAUCUUGUCCUUGCUGAAGCUCAGGUCUGUGCACGAGGACACCACUUUGUCCAGGAACUUUUCCACGGUCACUCGUGUCUCUUUUCCCUCCACUCCCGCCAGUACCUUGGCCUUGUAGUUUUCGGCGAAAACCAGCGCGAAGGCUUCUGCGUCAAACCCGAGCUGGAACAUCAGCAGCUCUCCAUGCUCACGCAGUUUAUUCACUUCUUUGUCCACCAGUGUCUUGUCACUGUGUAUGCUGUACAGCUGGUGUUUCAGGACAAUUUGAGGCAAGGCAUCAUUGAAGAGCUUUCUGGGAAACAGUGUCAUAAGAUACUCCAGAGUGGAUCUAAUGUCAGCUGGUCCAUCUCUGUUGUCCAGAACUCCAAACCUGUCUGUGCCAUUUCUGCUUCUCUUCACCUUGAAAGUGUCUGAUAUAAGAGCCCUCUUCCUGUUCAUACCUGAUGUUUCCGGGCGGUAAUAAUUAACCUAUACAUAGUUUUAUACCACCCUAAGAUCCAGUGCUUCUUAUUUCCUCUUACAAGAAACUUUAAUGUGUUUUCACACAUCACUUACAGACGGGUAAAGGCUAAUCCCGCGGCUGCCCCCUAGCGCAUUGGAGGGCCUACAUGCGGAAGUAGUGUCCAGUUUGUUGUUAGCAUGUCAUGCUAGUUAGCGGCCCCAUUGGUGAGACAAAACGCGCAGAUGUUCUUUCAGUAUCGCAUGUCCAUUCUUCUCUAAAACAGAAGGAAAGAGUGCUUUCUUAUAUCCAACAAGAGGUAAGUUUUAUUUAUCAAAUUCUUGUGCCUAUUUAAUUUGUUUAACAUGUAUUAUAAAGUGAAAUAAUCAUUGAAGACCACCCUGUUGGAAAUCACGGCCGUCAAGAACCUCUGAAUCCACGGCGUCACCAGCUCUUCUCUCCACUCGGCAUUUGAAAUGCACCGAAACAGAUCCCGCAGUCCCAUGUCCAGCUACCACCAGCAGUCGUCCGACAGGCCAAAGAGGGAUGAGGGCAGAGGUGAUGGAAAAUUCUUCAGACCCACAAACCACCACCGGCAUCAGCUUGGGUCAGCACCUCUGAGCUCUCAGGUGUUGAGCACCAGAAGGGAGCUGUAUGAGCGAGACUUUCCUCUCUACAAACAGCCGGUGGAGGUGGGCUGCUUCUCCCUGGACUCCCAGCGAAGAUUUUUCAAUGACAGCAGGCAGCUGAGAUACUAUGUGGAACCCGACAGAUGUCCUAAUUUCGACCUGAGGGAUGGGUACAAAGACCGCUACGUCAGGAGGGACGAAAAUGUGAAGGAGCGGCUGGACCACAUUCUCAGGUGGAUCGUAGCCAACCGAUCGAAGCUGAAGUCGAGGGCGAGCGCAAACUCAUCGUGUGCUUUAGAUGUGGACUUUGUGACGUGGCGGGGUCACCUGACCAAGUUGCUGACCACUCCGUACGAGACAAGGGAGGGCUGGCUGUUGGCCGUCACCAGGUUCAACGGGACCCUUUACAUCAGCGAGGUGGAAACGGAAGCCGCUCGCCAGGAGCGGGAGAACCGCGCCGAGAGGAACAAAGAGAUGAUGUACUGGGGAUACAAGUUUGAGCAGUACACAUGUGCAGACACUGCCAGCAGCUCGCCUGACCCCAGAGGUGUGGUCAACACCAAUGAGGCCUUCUGCACCGUGGUUCAGACCCGGCUCACGGAUCACCAACUCCUGUUCUCCGGCGAGGUGGACUGUCGGGACAGAGACCCCGGCGCGCCGCCUCCUCCUGCCUGUUACGUGGAGCUGAAGACCUCCGCAGAGAUCUGUACACCCAAACAGCGCAGCAACUUCCACAGGUUCAAACUGCUCAAGUGGUGGGCCCAGUCUUUCCUGCCUGGAGUCCCUCGUGUCGUGGCCGGUUUUAAGGAUCAUGACGGAGUGGUCGUUUCCACGGAGACUUUCCUCAUAUCAAAGAUAUCACAGCUCAUAAAGAAUGAAGACAAUUGCUGGAAGCCAACAGUUUGUAUGAACUUCUGCUGUGAUUUCCUGUCUUAUGUGAAGAGAAUAGCUACCGAAGACAGUCCCAGUGUGGUGUACCUGUUCUCCUGGGAGCCCCGCAGAGAGGUGACCUACUCUGUCCACAGGGACUCCCAGUACACCUUCCUGCCUCGCUGGUACAUCCAGGAGAUGACCAGCAGUCCAGAAUCUCUCCAUCAGCACUAAGUGAAGACAUCAUCCUCAGUUUGGGGGCUCCCAAUGCUGAAAUAUUGACUGAUAGAUUUGAUGAGAACUUGUUCAGUGACUGUUUGGGGAGAAGAAAAAGUACUUUCUUCCUAAAAUUUAACUGUUCACUCUUUAUUAUUUUUAAAAUAUACAAUUCAAAAGGAAAAAUAAAAAGAUCAAAGACAAGUUGAACAGUUACAAAGACUUUUUAUGUAAACAUGUUAAUUCAAUUUGUAAUAAAAUAAAUAGGACAGUAACUGACAUCUGUGUUGUUGGAGUUUUUAUCCAAAUGUGCCACUAUCUUUGUUAUCGUCUUCAAAUGAACACACCCUUUCAUAGGUUUUCACAAAUGACACCACCCUAAAUGCAAAGGGAUCCCUGUCUGGGUGGAGGACUUUCUUUUUUGCCAGCAGGCCUGAAACAUCAUGAAACCUGGAUGGGGCGUGAACAGAAGCAACGAACUAGAUCGCAGAUGUGUAGCCAACAUGAAGAUGUUAAUGAGCUGGUCUCUGAAAAUGCCCAUCAGUUUGGCAGCUUAACAGUGAGCUCACCUUAGACACAGAGCAGGCUACGAGCUCCUAAGUUAAAUUCUGCAUUAGCAGUACCGACAGAAAUACCUUUAAAAACCACAAAUCCACCAGAACAAGCAACCAGCUCAACAAAAGGAAGGAACUGACCCAAAAAGUAUUAAAAGACAUAAACGUUUGCCCAGAGAUUAAAAAGAAAACAAAGACAACACUGUAUGUUACUGCAGCACCAAGAAACCGCAGAGGGAAGACACCUGUGAGAGAGAGCAGAUGGGCCCUAUGGUUAAGACAGUCAGAGCUAUCAGACCUCAACAGCUCCACACUAUUCAUGCGGUAACUUAGGAGGCACUUAGCAUCUUCAACAGGACAUGAACACAUGCAGCAGUUACUGUCAAAUUCAACACAAAGAGACAUUCUGAUUUCCAUUUUUCUUUUUGUUAAGUUCAUUUUAGUUUUCGAUAUUUGCUCAAAUUAGAAAUGUCUGAGCUGGAAGAGUAAAUCCAUCACAGGCGUUCAUUUAUGGAGAAUAGCAACACAUUUAAAAUAAAGUUUUACUCUUGACUAUUUCAUGAGGUAAAGGUCUUACGGGUCACAGUUCUGACGUGGCUCUGAACCUGCAGUGGCCCCGCGCUUUAAGGCAACACUGAAUUAUUGGUCUCAACUCCAAUAAAACUCCAGGCAUCAGAGUUCAUCUUCGAGUCCUGAGGUGUAGUACAUAAAAUCAGGGUGAGACUUUGAUGUCAGUUAUCUGUAAGCAGGUUUUUUCACUCACGCAAAUGUCGGCAAGAGUGUCGCAAAAUCAAGAACAAACAUCCACUGCUCCUCAUCAAAACUAAAACGAUAUGGAGUGGUUGAUACAUGCAUUUCCACACUCAGCUGCAGGUUUUCCCAUUAAAACUCCUUUCCAAAAGAAACAAAAGCUGUUUUUUGGUCAAAUUUUAAAAUUCCAUCAUGAGAAUCCGUGCAUUUGUUUAAAGUUUAGAUUUCCUGCUUUUCCCUGUCUGGAUGUUUUGCUGCUCACUGGAGGUACUUCUAUUUACGUCCAUGACGGAAACUAUCCAAGCUGUUCAUAUUCAGUCUUUUUUAACAUAAUUUUUUUAAACUCCCCUGUGAAUCCACAUGCAGGCAGCUGAAGCACCUCACAAAGUCUGCGUUUCUUUUAACGUGUGCAAAUCUAAGCCGUCUUGUCGAAUAUUUUUCCCCAGCUGGAGCCAUGUUGGCUCUUUGUUCCAUUAUCGGCUCGGUUUGCUGUGCUCUACUUAGGAAUGCAGCACGGAAAAAGAAAAUAUACACAGGUUUGGAAAUUUCUGCCUGCAUGGGUGGGUGGAAGUGACAAAAGUUCAAAGUAUCAAAGCCACCCUUGGUCAUAAAUGUUCAGAGUGAGCAUGUAAAACUGUGGCCUUAAAGGCACAAACUCCAUUUGUUAUUAGAAUGCGUGUAGGACACAUAUAAGCCCUAACACUUGCAUACAGAAUUAGCAGGAAUUAAUCAACCAUCAGGGGACCAGUGCAUUACUGCUGUACUGCAUGGGGGUUUCGUCUCAGUGCUUCAGUUUCUGAUUCAUGCCCAUGACUUUGAAGGUGGCCGCGGUGAUCUUCUCAUAAACGACAAACAUGAGGGCGGCGGUCAGCACCGUCUGCAGCAGCUUGGCCUCCAGGCCUUUGUACAAACCCAGAAAACCGUGCUUCUUGAUUCUGUCCAUGAAGAGGGUGAAAAUAUUUGAAAGGCUGCCCAUCACUCCACCCUUACCGUCACCUUUGUACUGGCCAAACCUCAGGAUGGCCUGAAUUAUUUGGAGAGGGUAUGUUGCCGUGGUAGCGAUGGCCUUGGCAACAGCUCCAAUGAGAAAGAUCUCAGCUGAGGAGAUCUUCUUCCCUCCCUUGCCUGCCUUCCUUUUCAUAGCUUCAUAGAACAUGAACUGCACAGCUGGGUUGAGGACGAGGAUGAGAGACGGCAGAGUGCUGCUCCACAGAGUUCCAACGCCCUCGUUGGCAAUGAUCUGUGAGAAAGCGUCAAAAAUGCCUCUGUACUGGGUCUGGUGGAGGUCUUCGUUUCUGAACUUCACGCCCUGGAGCUUCAGGCGGGUGUUGACCACCCACAUGGGUGUGGUCAGGAUCACGUUUGUUACACCUGCUAUAAUCCCCAUCAGCAGGUCUUUUCCAGGUCUGGGUUUGCCUGCCCCCUCCGCCGCUGCCUUCUUAAGUGCAUUGAAUGUGUAGAAGUAGACAAAGUUGGAGCAGCAGAGGCUGGAGAUGACAGGGAACCAGCCUCUGUAUAGAGACAGGAAGCCUUCUUCCUUUGCAAUCUCAGCCAGAAUGACAGGGGUAGAGGUAGACUUUCGCUUCUCAUCGACCUGCAGUCUGCUUUUGGCCGUGUCCAGAGGAAAGAAGACGGUCAUGGCAGUAGCACUCCCCAUUGCACCUGCCACGGCGUGGACCAGCGUCUCGUAAGACAGAAGGCCGACGGUCGAGCCACCGUUGACGGGCAUCUCUGCAGGAUCUCCCGGUCUAACCGCAACACAGGAAGCCGGGAAGUGACCGCGGAGCGAUACGGGGGAGGAGAGCUGGUGGUCGUUCCGGUUUGUCUAUAGCAGCGGAAUUCAACAAAAUCCUCACCGCUAAAAGUCCAUGACGGAUUUAAGAGGAAGGCGGCGAGGAAGAGUAAGCAAACCGCAGAAAACAGUGGACAAACGUUUCUCUGGGUAGCUUCCGGUGAUUGGUGGAGCAGAGUUGACAGCUUCUUCUUCUGCUGCUUUUAUUUCCACUGCAAUAAAA